AUGAAAGAGACGGAGACGGAGAUGCUAGAUAUUGAUUCGAAGGAAGAUAGCAAAUCCAACCUGAUUAUGGUAAAUGGUGUUCCAUUGACCUCACUCUUGGCAGUCACUGACAGAAUUGUACCAGGAGCCAGAGAAGAUAAGGGCUUUCCCAAUUCCAUCCACAUUAAUCUCGCUCAAUUUCGUCAGCAGCAAAAGGCUUCGACACAUGGUUUCGAAGUACUGGUUUCUAAGAAACGCAAAGAUGAAAAAGACCCUCGAGGAAGCAUCACAAAAUCAUAUUUGGAUGAGGUAAAUGAAACCCUCUACGCGGCUGCCACCAAUAAAAGCACAAUUGAAACUAUACCCUUUUGGAUGCACAUCGGUCUAGAGUGUCCGGAAGCAGAAAGAUGGAUGCAAUUAUCCCAAGCAUUAAGGGUUUUGGAAGGCAAUUACCAAUUGCCGUUCAAACGCAUCCAGGCAGUUGCUCGUUUGGAAGCCAAGCUAAAUAGCCAUAAGGGAUCUCUUUUACUCGACUAUGAGGCAAGAGUUCGGGUCCUUGAAAACUUGGGUUUUCUUGAAAAAGAUAGCCAAUCCGGUUGCCUUACGCGCAAAGGUAGGGCAGCAUGUGAGUUCCAGCAAAUGGAAGUUCUGCUAGCUGAGGUACUUUUUGAUGGAUCAAUAAUUCAAAUGCCUCCUGAAGAUAUUGCAGCAUUGCUCUCAUGUUUUGUCUGUGAGUCUGGAAUGGGUGGCUCGCAAAGCCAGCCCCCUCCCCCACCACAACAAGAUAUGGCAGCUAAUAAGCCAUUUAAUUCUCGUCUCGCUCUUGUUACGCAAAAAGAGCGAGAUUCUUACGAGAAUCCUGCUGAGCCUGAAGAAUGUAUCCAGCUUCCAAUAACAGUUCCGGAACACUUACAGGACACUGUUCGGUCAAUGUUUGUAAAAGCUCAACAAUUGGAAAAACUUCAGAUGAAGUUUGGUGUUUUGGAGGGAGAGUCGGAUACGCAGUUGAAUGCAAUUUUAGUUGGUGCGACCUACGCUUGGGCUUGUAAUCAGCCCUUCUCGGCUAUUAUGGGCCUCGUAGCGGGCGAAGUUGCUGAAGGUCAUGUCCUUCGAGCUCUUCAACGAUUGGAUGAGUUGUUGCGUCAUGUUUGUUCGGCUUGUAAGGGAUUGGGUGAUCAUGCACUGGCCUCUAGAAUGGACGCUGCCCGAGUGGCCAUACAUCGAGAUAUGGUAUGUGCACCGUCGCUCUACGUUGCGGACGAAAUCGCUGCGGAGGCUUCGAGUGACUCUAAACCUGAAGAGGAGGAAAACGAAGAUUUAACUUGA